UUUGUGGACAAGGGCAAACGUCUGCCGUCACUGUCAGUGUUAUUUUCUCAACUGAAAAAACAUGGCGAGGUUUUUGAGGUCUAACAUCAGACGUUUUGUCACCUUACAGCUGCGAAUGUCAUCCGACCAGUUGGGUGAGCUUGGUAAAGGUGCAGGAAAAGGUGGUGGAGGUGGAGGCUCCAUCAGAGAAGCAGGUGGAGCCAUGGGAAAGAGGGGGGCCACUGAAGAGGAGAAGUACUUCAAGCGUAAGGAGCAGGAGCAGCUGGCUGUAUUGAAACAACACCACCAGGAUGAAAUUGAACACCACAAAAAGGAGAUUGAACGUCUGCUGCACGAGAUUGACCGCCACAAGGGAAAGAUUAGGAAGUUGAAGCAUGAUGACUGAGUGAAACCUUCCUAAAGUUAACGUUUUCUCAUCGUCCCAACCAGACAGCUUUAAUAAUUACUCCAAUUGAUGGUUGAUUGUUCUGUAGAUGCUUGAAGGUUAUUAAAUCCAUUUAUAAAAUGAU